ACUACAUGUCUUUCCUGAUUUUUCCAGGCAUACCGGUGGUGUAUAGAGGCCAUGAAGGAAAUCACUCCAGGGCUGCCUGUCAAAGUAGUGGUUGAUGUCCUCCGGCAAGCUUCUAAGGCCUGUGUGGUGAAGAGAGAGUUCAGGAAAGCCGAGCAGCUGAUCAAACAUGCAGUGUUUCUAGCGAGAGAACAUUUUGGCCACAAGCACCCCAAAUACUCCGACACGCUUCUAGAUUACGGAUUUUACUUAUUAAACGUAGACAACAUAUGCCAAUCAGUUGCUAUAUACCAGACGGCGCUGGACAUCCGACAGUCUGUGUUCGGGGGGAAGAACAUCCACGUUGCCACCGCCCAUGAAGACCUUGCCUACUCCUCAUAUGUGCACCAGUAUAGCUCUGGGAAAUUUGACAACGCACUGUGAGUACAAUAAAUCUUACAAUAAAUCUUACAAUAAAUCUUACAAUCUCACAACUGUUUCUA